AUGGCCGAUAACAAGGCCGCAGUCGCGUCUGGCGCUGAUCCCGCCGGCGAUGCCGCUCGCCGACGUAUCGUACCCGGGACCACUGCCCCAGGAGCUCCAGCGCAGCCGGAGAUCGACGAGAAGAAGAUACAUGGAAAGAAGAAGGAGUCUUCAUUCCUCGAUGUACUCGACCAGUGGGAAUUCAUCAUUGCGCCUAUAAUCUUCACUGCCUUUGCCUUCUUCACACGUCUAUGGAAAAUUGGUCUUAGCCCAAUUGUCACUUGGGAUGAAGCUCACUUCGGCAAAUUCGGAUCCCACUACAUUAAACGUGAACUAUUCUUCGAUGUGCACCCUCCCCUUGGUAAAAUUCUUGUUGGUCUCUCCGGAGUUCUAGCAGGUUACAAUGGGUCUUUCGAGUUCAAGUCUGGCGAGACAUACCCCGAGGAGCUUGACUAUACCUUCAUGCGAGCUUUUAAUGCCUUCUGGGGAAUAUUAUGUGUGCCAUUGGCUUACUACACUGCUAGAGAGCUGCAGCUAAGACGACCUGCCGUCUGGCUAGUUACGCUGAUGGUUCUGUGUGAAAACUCGUACACGACUAUCAGCCGAUUCAUCCUGCUCGACUCUAUGCUCCUAUUCGGCACCGUCUCUACUGUCUUCUGUUGGGCCAAAUUUCAUCGCCAGCAAAAAUACAGCUUCGAGCCUGAAUGGUUCUUCUGGCUAUUUAUGACGGGGUUAAGCUUAGGAUUCGUAUGCAGUAUCAAACUCGUUGGCCUCUUCGUCACGGCUCUCGUUGGCAUCUACACAAUCGAAGACCUUUGGAACAAGUUCGGUAACACUAAGAUGCCAGUCGUGGUACUCGCUAGCCAUUUUACUGCCCGAGUCGUCGGUCUAAUCGUCAUUCCGCUUCUCGUCUACAUGUUCUCCUUCGCGCUUCAUUUUGCGAUCUUGACCAAGAGUGGCCCUGGAGAUGCGCAGAUGAGCUCCCUCUUCCAAGCCAACCUGGAAGGAAGUGAGAUUGGACGGAACUCUCCCCUGGAGGUUGCAUUUGGCUCUAAGGUGACACUUAAGAAUAUGGGGUACGGUGGUGGUCUACUCCACAGUCACGUCCAGACGUUCCCCGAGGGGUCUACUCAACAACAAGUUACUUGCUACCACCACAAAGAUGCCAACAACGAAUGGUGGUUCUACCCUAACCGUAGCGACCGCGACUAUAACCCGGAGGAAGAGCCCCGAUUCAUCGGAAACGGCGAUGUCAUCCGCUUGAUUCACGCUCAGACUGGACGAAACCUCCACACCCAUGAUAUCUCUGCCCCUAUUACCAAGAGCCAGAAGGAAGUGUCCUGCUACGGUAAUCUUACUAUUGGUGAUGAUAAGGACCACUGGCAAGUCGAAAUCGUCAAGGACGUGUCUUCCCGCGAUAAGAGCCGUGUACGAACUUUGACUACUGCUUUCAGACUUCGGAAUCCAGUUAUGGGCUGUUAUCUCCGAGCUGCUAACGUUAAUCUUCCACAAUGGGGUUUCAAGCAGAUCGAAGUGACUUGCGAUAAGAGCAAUAACCCUCGUGAUACUUUCACCCACUGGAAUGUUGAGGCCCAUACCAACGAGAAGCUUCCUCCGGGAGACCCCGGCAAGUAUAAGUCGCCAUUCUUCCACGACUUCAUCCACUUGAACGUUGCUAUGAUGACAUCCAACAAUGCCUUGGUGCCCGACCCUGAUAAGCAAGACGACCUGGCUUCUCAGUGGUGGCAGUGGCCUAUCUUGAACGUCGGUCUGCGUAUGUGUGGAUGGGACGAUAAAAUUGUCAAGUACUUCCUUCUCGGUAACCCCUUUGUUUACUGGGCCUCGACGGUUUCUCUAGGUGCCGUCGGUUUAGUUACCGUUUGGUACAUCCUCCGAUGGCGACGAGGUUUCACCGAUCUUACCCAAGAUGAUAUUGAUCAUAUCCACUACGCUGGGCUUUACCCCAUCCUGGGAUGGUUCCUUCACUACCUUCCCUUCGUUAUCAUGGCCCGAGUUACCUAUGUUCACCAUUACUACCCAGCAUUGUACUUUGCGAUCCUAAGUUUAGGAUUUCUAGUCGACUGGCUUUUGAGGAACCAGAAGAAGGUGAUUCAGUACAGCGUCUACGGGAUCCUAUACGCCACCAUCAUCGGCCUUUACAUCUUCUUCAUCCCCAUCUGCUGGGGCAUGACGGGCAGCAACCAAAAGUACAAGUAUAUGAAAUGGUUCGACUCUUGGCGUAUCUCUGAUUAA